AUGGCGAACGCUGCCUUGGGAGGCGUCCUGGAAAGCCUUGUUGAGAAGGGAUUCGAAGUUGGAAUCUGCGUGGCGCCCUUGCUGAUCAACGGGGCAGUCGCGCUCUACUCCACAUACACGUGCGGGGGCGGUAAAGACGCCAUGAAGUUCCAGUGGCCAAUCAAGGGCUGGGCGCACGGCGCCCGGGAGUGCUUAGCUGGUCCUUGUCCAAGCGACAAGGACGCCUUCUCAUCCGGACCCUAUGACGUCACGAAGUCGUUCGACGUUCCGCAGCCGUUCCGCACCCCUUCGCAGCCGUUCCGCACCCCUUCGCACCCAUUCCGCAGCCACUCCACUGCUAUCUCGUCUCAGCCGACUUCGAUGGCACUAUGA